GUACCCUGCGCACGGGGAGCGUAGGCGCAAGGACCGCCCCCGCCUGAGGAAAGACGGGGGAAGCACGCCGCUUCCAGUGGCUACGCUGAAGAUGGUGUGGCCGCGGCGGGUGACGUCACAAAGAUGGCGGACGCCGGAGGGCGACGUUACUGAUCCUAAAGGUGCUCGGCGAGUUGGACCCACAAGGUUUCCCUCCGAGAGUCCUAAGGUCUUGGCAAAAGACUCCGUUCCUUCUUCUUGCCUUUCGAGAUAACAGCAGGCCUCGCUCGCUGCACGAGACCUUGGAGGACGGCAGCGUCGCGAGCUGAUUACGUUUCACAGGUUUUGCCGGCGCCGAAUUGUUUUCUAAGACGAUUCGUUCCACUAGGGACGGGGCCCGCGAGAUCCACCAACUGCCCAAGGGAAGGAAGUUUUGCACGGCCAAGUCUUCAGCCCCAGGGGUCCGAGACCGAGGUCCAACGGCCCUUCGCCUGGGAGUGCUGCGGGGUGCGCGUGCGCAAGCUGCUGUAAGAGCCACCGAGGAGUGCCCCGCCCCCCCAAAAAGGCGGGAGCCACCAAUCCCAGCACGACCACACACUCCGUCGUGCGGCGGAAGUACUUGGCCCACGUGGGCCGCGACCACUUGGAACCCGAGGAGAAGCAGGUGCUGAAGAGGCUGGUGGAGGAGGAGCUACUGCAGAUGCUGGCAGAUGACGCUGCAAUGAGGGAAGAGAAGCUAGACCUCACCAAGAAGUUGAAGAGGUCGCCCAACUCCUCCAGUGACCCAGCAAGAAAAAGAUCUCGCUUUAAUUCAGAGUCAGAGCCCAGCUCUGCAGCCUCCAGCCCAGGCUGCUUGGCAUCUCCAGCCAAGGAGAAGGAAAAUCCAACUGGAGCCUCAAAGAAAGUAGUUGAGAGCAGUGAUGAAGAACCACAAAGGGACAUGAUGGCAAAGACAGGAUCAGAAAGCAGUGAGGAGUACAGUGAGAGCAGGAGCAGGAAGAAACCUGGGACCAAGAAAAAGCAGGCAACAGGCAAGGCCUCAGCCAAGAAGCAGACCAGGGAAGACAGUGAAGACAGUGAGGAAGAACCGAUCCAGAGGAAAGCAAAGCAGGCAGGGGGACGUGGAGAAGCUAAAAGCCACCGGGAACGUGAAAGUGAGGAGGAGCAGAGCCUAGCCAAGAAAAAAAAGAACAGUGAGGAGGAAGAGGAGGAAGGUGUUUGGAAGCCCAGAGCUGGAACCAUUAGGGAAAGUUCAGCACAGAAAGGGAGAAACUGUAAGCAGAAAAGCAGGGCAGGGACACUAGUGAGCAACUUGGGGCAGAGUGAGGACGAGGAGAAAGAGGCAGCUGGCAGUGGGGAUAACCAAGAGCCUCUCACGCAGACCAAGAAUGUGGACAGGACUGUGUGUAAGGAUAGAAUACAAAGUGGAAGCAGUGAGGAUGAAGACAGCGGGACAGUGCCAGUAACUGUUCAAGGCACUGGAAAGACAACCAGCUUGGGCAGUGGCAAUGGUGAGGACAGUGACACAGAGAGGGAGGUGAGUGAUGGUGAGGAAGGGACAAGUCCCAAGGGGGAGAGAAAGAACCGCUCUUCCAAGACCUCCAAGAAAGGCAGGACACGAAGCUCAUCUUCCUCUUCAGAUGAAAGUCCAGAGUCCAAGGGUGGCAAGGCUGGCUCUGGUCGCCGUGGAGAGGACCACCCAGCAGUGAUGAGACUAAAACGCUACAUUCGGGCCUGUGGCGCCCAUCGAAACUACAAGAAGCUCCUGGGUUCCUGUCACUCACACAAGGAGCGUCUGAGUGUACUCCGCGCUGAGCUGGAAGCCCUGGGCAUGAAGGGCAAUCCUUCCUUAGAGAAAUGUCGGGCACUAAAGGAGAAGCGGGAAGAAGCAGCUGAGGUGGCGUCACUGGAUGUGGCCAACAUCAUCAGUGGUUCAGGCCGGCCUCGCAGACGUACUGCCUGGAACCCUUCAGGAGAAGCAACACCCCCAGGGGAGCUCUACCGCCGGACCAUAGACUCAGAGGAGGAGCGGCCUCGUCAGGCACCCCCAGACUGGUCCCAUAUGCGUGGCGUCAUCAGCAGUGACGGCGAGAGUAACUGAGCCCCAUACCCUUGCCCUUCAGGAGGGUCCUCCCACCACCCCUGCUGAGCCUGCAGAGCAGGAAGCAGCCUUCAGAGAAGACAGAAGCCCUCAAAAUCUCGGUAUAUUAUUUUUCUUCACAUUCUCUGUUUAGGGUGUCUACAGGGGUUAUUUUUUAAGACUCAAUAAAGGAAUGUUUAUAAUUA